CUUCCCCUCCUCAUGGGAUGUUCAUUGUACUGCACAGAACGACACAGACCCACAGAAGUGUUUACACUCUCAAUAAUGUGUAAAAUACAACAUACAUUUUAUUUUCAUUCAUUUCUUUUUAACAGUGAGGCUUAAUCCGCGUAACCGUUGAGUAGCAUUCAUCAAAAAAAGCUAUAAAGAUCUCAUCUGCGCUCAAAUCGACAUCAAAGAGGUUGUACAUUUUUCCUGUUCAGACCUCAUCUGCACUAUGGAUCGUCUGGCCUCUUUUGGAAAUGAUCCUUUUGAUAAGCCUCCCUGUCGUGGAUGUUCAUCAUAUCUAGUGGAACCCUACAUUAAGUGUGCUGAAUGUGGACCGUCACCUUUCCUCCUGUGUCUGCAGUGCUUUACAAGAGGAUAUGAGUAUAAAAAGCACCAGAGUGACCACAAGUAUGAAAUCAUGACAUCAGAUUUUCCUGUGUUGGAGCCUGGCUGGACCGCGCAGGAGGAGAUGGCUCUUUUAGAGGCCGUCAUGGACUGUGGUUUUGGUAACUGGCAGGAUGUGGCUUACCAGAUGCGCACCAAGACCAAAGAGGAGUGUGAAGGCCACUACAUGAAGAACUACAUCAACAAUCCUCUGUUCGCCUCCACUCUGCUCAAUCUCAGACAGAUGGAAGAUCAUCUGUCCCGGUCAGCUGACACAGCCAUUCCCUUCAAGCCCACUGAUGAUCCUCCAAGGCCUUCAUUCGACUCUCAGCUGUCCAGAGAUAUGGCUGGAUACAUGCCGGCUCGAGCAGACUUCAUGGAGGAGUUUGAUAAUUAUGCUGAAUGGGAUUUGAAAGAUAUUGAUUUUGUUGAUGAUGACUCUGAUAUUCUUCAUGCACUGAAGGUUGCAGUAGUGGAUAUUUAUCACUCAAGGCUGAAAGAGAGACAGAGGAGAAAAAAGAUCAUUCGAGACCAUGGCCUCAUCAACCUACGCAAGUUUCAGAUUCUGGAGAGGCGCUAUCCCAAGGAAGUGCAGGACCUUUAUGAUGUCAUGAGACGCUUUGCACGUGUGGUGGGACCCAUAGAGCACGACAAGUUCAUUGAGAGUCACGCCUUGGAGUUUGAACUGAGGAGGGAGAUCCACAGACUGCAGGAAUACAGGAGUGAGGGAAUUCAGUCCUUCUGUGGUGCUAAGGUGUAUGAGAGAGUGAAGCGCAUACGAGAGGAAGAGCGCAGGAAGAGGAACAUGCUGUGUGACGUCCUGCAGUACAUUCACGAUGCCCGUGCUUGCCAGCAGUGGCUGAACAAACAGGCUGCCAUUGACGCUGGAAUCACUCCUGUGGUCACCACUAUCACUACCUCAGGCAGAAGAAGCGCACCUCCUCUCAACCUAACAGGGCUGCCUGGCACUGAGAAACUCAACGAGAGAGAAAAAGAGUUAUGUCAGGUGGUUCGUCUGGUGCCUGGAGCGUAUCUGGAGUACAAACAGGCCCUCCUGAACGAGUGCCGGCGGCAGGGGGGGCUACGGCUGGCGCAAGCCCGAUCGCUCAUCAAGAUAGAUGUCAACAAGACACGCAAAAUCUACGAUUUCCUUAUCAAAGAGGGCUACAUCAAUAAGGCUUAGUGAUGAUUGAACUGCUGCAAGGACAUCUGAUAGAUGAAGAAUCAUGCUCAUUGUAGAUCAUUCAUGUUGAGAGAAUGAGCAAUGAGAGAUGAUAGAUUUAAGUGUACUGCUUAUAUGUAGUUUGUUCAAAGUCAUUAAUUCCUCUCACAGCUGCACCUGUUUGUUAUUUAAAGACUGACUGGGUGCUUCUUUAUAUGUUCAGGACUAUAAAAGUUGAUAGUUGUGCAAAAAGACUGCUGCUGUUUGUGCUGAGGAGAAUCUGAUUGCUCAACGCUGUAACAUUUUAUUUAGUAUUUGUCUACAUGCCCUUAAAAUUGUCGAUUAAUUUUUGAA